ACUUCACAACGCAAGCGUCACUUCCGCCACCUCCGAUACCGAUGUUCCCAUGGGCGAGCCGAGCCAGAGCAACAGCAGCGGCCCCCUAUUAUAGGGAUUACAGGUCAUGCAAGUACUCGAAGCACAAAUUACAGCCCCUUUGAAACGCCCCUUGUCCACCCCAACAGACGAAAGGUUCGGCGACGAUAUUACGCAGCCGGCGGCAGAGAUGCCGUCUCUGCGCAAGUCGAACGAUUGGGAGGAGCCUCAUCCUGGCCAGCGUUUUCCGCUUCCUACGGCGGGGACCGCAGACCAAGGUGUUGGCAGGCUAGACUGUAAUGGAAGCCAAGAGGCUGGUAUGGCCGCAAAAAACUAUACACCAUAUCCUGAUCGAGGAGCUGGGCCGAGACGACUUUCGCGCCCUAAAAUGCGGUCUUCGUCGUUUAAGCCGAUGAAGCCCUUGAGGAUUCCCAGCAGCUUCCCACGCGAGCUGGGGACGAGGAAGACAACAAUUCAAUACGCUCGUACAUCACGCUCGGCAACCGAGGCGCCAGGCGCCAACAAGGCUCCGAAGCCCCUGAAUGUCGACGUCGGUUUUGACAAAGAGCAUGUGGAAAACGGCCUUGACAUGCUGCAUAGCGAAAACGCCGAAAAUACCCCCCCGUCGGAGUCGCCUUCGCCACGACUUUCCAUGACGGACUUCUCCAAUCACCUAAAUUUUACUUUUUCUUCGGACAGUUUCGGCUCUGACUCGGUCAAGUUUCUCAGUUCUCAGGUCACGGAGGGGAUUGUGCCCGAUGACGAUCCCUACGGCUGGGAAGCGGAACUAGGACGGAAGCUUGAAGUUGGCGGGAACGAUUGCUCGAGCUAUCAAUUCCGACGUGCUGGAGGCGCCAAGCGCAGCCUCCUACAUCGUGUUUUUAGCCUGGGACCCCGCGACCUGACACGGCCGGCGACUCCUUGACCGCUCCAAUACCCCAUUAUCUUUCUAUCGGAUUUUCUUUUU